CAGCUCUGUGGGGAAGGUUGGCACCACGUUGGGGAGGCCUGCCUCAGGAUCAACUCCAGCAGGGAGAGCUAUGACAACGCCCAGCACUACUGUAAGAACCUGGACGGGAACAUAGCCUCCCUCACCACCCCCAAGCAGGUGGACUUUAUACUGGACGAGCUGCAGAAGUACCAGCUACAGGAGAAGGUAAGGGAAACACCUCGGUUUAAAACGGUGUGUUGUUUUGAACGUAGUCCUUCAUAUAGUUCUGUCUUGAGGAAUGUAUUUUUUCCAAGUCGAAUGCCUAAGGAAUGGCCAUGACAGUGGAACUUACAUUAACCCAUGAUGAUCUGAACCCAAACACAUUGAACACGUGUCCUAUCUUAUUUACUGAUGAGUCAGCCCACACGUGAUCAAUUGAAUAUAGGGCAAACACUGAGAUUUCUGUGGUCCCAACCAAACUUGUAUUUAUUUUGUCAAGAGUCACACUUCCUGUUUAUCUGCCCACCACACAUGUUGCCCACCACACGUUGGCUUUUCCAGUGAUUGUGCUAUAUCAGGACUGAGAAGGAUAUGCAGGAGCAAGUAUUUAACUGGUGUUAUUAAUUGAACAAUGGAGCUAGAGGAUCUCUCUCCACGGUUUUAGGGUGGAGUGUUUAAGCAGCUUCUUUUUGCUCUUUGAAGAUUAACACUAUUCUUAAUAAUAAAGCUCACCUUUGAUGUUUUAAGAUGCAGAGGCAACAGGUUUCCCUCUUAGCUCUUUUCUGCCAGUCAUUUGGAAGAAGUUUAUGCUCUCCAUGGCUGCAAUAAUCAGUUUUCUUUUCUUCCAAGCAAUUAAUUAUUUUUCGUCCCAGUCGGCCUGUAAUAGGGAUUUUUAAUGAAAGUACAGCAACAAGUUUUUCAGGAUUUGAAUCCUGGCGUUCUCCCUCGGUUACUCAAGUGUUAUGCUCUCAUAAAUGUUCACUGUGUGAUAGAUCAUAGCAGGUGUUGCCGGCUAAUUAACAAUUUAUUACAGGUAAAACUUUUGAGACAUUAUUGCCCAUUAUGAAAUAACUCAUACUCACAGACAUUUGUAAAAGUCUAAAUAAAUACCUUAGUUUAAUGACUCUGGCCUGACUUGGUUUUAUGGGUUAGUGUUGGCUGAGGUCGGCACUUUCACUGUAAUUAUAGCAAUUUGCCCAACGGUUUGAUUGAAGAUUUCACAUAAACAUUACUUCAAUCAAAUAUAGAGGAUGUAUGUUGGGAAAUGAAUAACAUGUUUUCAUACUGACUGGCCCUCAACAUAGUAUGGAGUAUAGAGAGACUUCUUAGCUUUAGAUUCCAGGCUCUCCAUCCUGAACCUCCCUCUUCUCUUUCUCUCCUCUCUGUCCUGUAGAAGAUAGCUCCGUGGGUGGGCCUGAGGAAAAUCAACAUCUCGUACUGGGGCUGGGAGGACAUGUCUCCCUUCACCAACUCCUCUCUGCAGUGGCUGCCUGGAGAGCCCAGCGACUCAGGCUUCUGUGCCUACCUGGAGAGGGUAGAGGUGGCAGGGCUCAAGGCCAACCCCUGCACCGCCACCACCGACGGACUCAUCUGUGAAAAACCAGUU